AUGGCCGCCGCCGCCCGCAUGCUCAGACAUGCGCUGCCUGUGUCCCAGGGCCAGGCUUUGCCAGCCCCAGGGACAGAGGCACCCUACGCGGGCUCGCGCAGACUCGCGCAACGAUACGAGUACAAGGGCACUUCCUUUUCGGGCAUGGUGGAACUCCAUCCUCAGCGCCUGCUGACUCGAGAGGAGUUCAAGACGAACUUGCCGGCAGCACCAAGCGUGCUGAAAGUCUCUGUGCUUCCAAAGAUGUUUGUGGUCGUGGACAAGAGCUCCAAGACCUCGCAGGGCAACCGAGGCGACCACGUCUUCGAGCAGAACCUGGAAGUCCACCUGCACCGCGAGCCCCAUGUAGCUCUGGAGUUCGAGAUCACGCGGAACAACCACAUGAAGCACAUGGAGGGGCGCCCUUACACUGAGACAGCGAUGUUCAAGGCACCGAGUCGCAAGCCAACGUUCCCGUAUCCUUUCCAGAACGCUCCCGCGAUGCCCGGGGGCCAGGCGACCGCCUCUGCGGCGCGGGUGGAACCCUGCCCCACCGAGUCGGCCUCAAUGAGUCAGGGUGGCCGCGGGGUCCCGCUUGAGCCAGGCUUUGCCAGUUCUGCGGGGGUGGGGGCUUCAAUAAAUCAGGGCGGCCCGACCGGGCCUCCUGCCAAGAAGAGCAAAGCGGCGCCCGGGGGUGCCGCGAUCGCCCCUGCGGCGCAGGUGAGCGGAGGGGCGCGCCAGGCCUCCUGCCCGGAGGGCCUCAACUACUGCGAGGCUGGGGUCACGGAGCUGAGAGCGUUCGAGCGGGACGGGAACAUUGCAUCUUUGGUCAAGGCCCAGGACCUUCUGCUCAAGGGGAUCGAGCGCAUCUCGGACGUCUUGCCUGAGGGGCGCGAUUUGGACGGCACCGAGUACGAGACGCUAGGUGCGGAGUUCAACCGGUUCGUGGAGAUCGCGGAGGAUGCGCGCGUGCGCAUGCGGACCGAGUUGGAGGCGGCAAGGAGGCCAGCGGGCGGGGAGCAAGCGGUGGCAGGCGAAGCCCAGGGGUCGGGGCCAGGCUUUGCCAGCCCGGCGUCCCAGGGGCAGAAGAACGAGGACAAGGCGGAUGCGGAGAAGACGCCGCCAGGGUUCGACCCCGAAGCCGAUUGGACAGAGGGUGCGGCGGACGUGCGCCAGUUCGACAUCGCGGCUGACCCGCGCGAGGAGCUGGCCGAGAAGCCCGAUGGGGACCCGGCCGCCGCCCGUGAGUCCAGGGAGGAUCGGCCGAUGGCCAGCAACGCCGCCCUGGACGAUGUUCGUGCUAUGAAGAGUCGCGGUGUGGAGCACGCGCGGCACCGAGUCAUCGAUGGGCCCGACGAUCCCGAGGUGCAGGGCAACAUCGACAGGAUGCGCCGCGAGGCCUGGGACAAGCACGAGGAGCGUCGGAGGACAUGUGCCCGUGGCCUGGACACGCGGGGCAUGUUCUUGGGCCGCGAACUGGUGUGCGUCAAGCUGGUCAGUGCCGGCGCGGUGCCCAUGACUCCGAACGAGUUUUUGAAUGCGGCGUCUAAGAGGUCUCUCUGCGUCAAGGAUCUGUCGCGGCCACCUCCAAACACGCAGGCACGGGGGGGCCGCUUGCGCAUGCUCGCGCUGCGGGAGCAUUACCAGACGUUGUUCAAGGAGCUCCCGGAUAAGGCAGCGCAGAAGUUUUCGCCGAACCAGCUGGGGGACGACGACGGACCAUCGAAAGCGCUGGUGGGUUUGGUCAAUCACCACUCUGGCGAGGUGGUGGAGCUGGACGGGUGCAGAACGCAGUGGUGCCUUCGCAUGGUCGCACCAGGCAUUGCCAGUGCCGCGCAAUUCGAGAAUCCACAAUUCCGGCGCGUGCAAGUCGGUUACACCGUGGGACGACGCCCGGAGGGGCGGCGCGAGCACGGCCGGUGCGGGCCCGAGCUCUUCGCCAAAGCCGUCGACGCACAGGCCCAGCGCGAAGCCGCCGCCGUGAACGAGGGCGAGGACAUCAACCCACAGGUCUACAUGCCCGCCUGGGCCCGCCAGUGGAGCAGGGUAUGCGUUCCGUGCGAGGCGGUCGAGACGCACGAGUGGUGUCGGCAGAGCCCCGUCACGACGCUGGGGGAGCUCUUCUGGGACUUGGGCCGGACGCACACGGCCAAGGCCAUCUGCGCCUUCUACAGGACGCUCCGGCUGGUCGCGUUGAAGAGGGACAAGAACAGUUCCACCAAGGCGAGCAGUGCGCCAGGCUUUGCCGGCGCAUCUCGGCCAGCCGGGUCGGCAGCUGCUUUCGGUUUCACGGGGUCCGACCUCCAGGCGCCCCGCAUCCGCGCAGAUUACUCGUGCCCGGCGACCAACCGCGAGGUGCUCGUGGAGGACUACAUAGAGGCGGUGGGCUUGUCCACAGCGUACGUCAGCUCCAAGACCAAACAAGAGUUGCUGGACGAGGCUGCGAAGUGCGCGACGUUGGUGUUGCUUCGGGACAUGCGCCCGCCGUGGCUGGAUCACGUUGUCCCCCAGGCCUUGCCAGGGGACGUCUUGUUGUCCAAGUUCACCAGACCGUCAUUCCUCUACUGGGACGCCAGCUUCCUCGACAUGCUUUUCGGCACCGCUCUGGGAAGCGAUCUCAACGACCAAGCGGUCAGCGUCGACUACCAGCUGGCGGGUGUCAUCGCGCGCCCCCUGUAUAAGUGCACGCAGAUCGUCGACGCCAGCACCGGAGCAGCGUGCAUGAACGUCGCGUCGAUGCCACGGCUUUUGCGGGACACCGCGGGUCGGGGCCACUACGCGUGCAAGGAGUGCGCCGAGAGGAAACAGGGCGCCGAUGAGACGCCGGGCUUUCCCAGUGUUGCCCUUCGCACCCUGUACUUGUACCCCGCGGUGUUCGGGCCGGAUGGCGAGCCCACGCCGCUUCGCGCGAUGGCGCCCCAUCGCGCGUUCGCGCGCGCGCCUCCGGAGAAUUGGGGGCGAGGCGUCGAGCGAGUCCAGCGCCGCGCGGUGGCCCAGGCGAACCCCGCGAUAUCCACGGCCACGCCGACAUGGCACACUUACAACGCGGAGGAGAGCGAGGCCAUUUGGAUCGCAUCCCGUGCGUACAAGGCCACGCCGCCGAGCAAGACGUGA